AUCUAAACCACCUAAAUUGACUUCCGUGGACAAAAAAAACCAGCAAAACUGAAUUUUCAUUGAGAGGAUGAAAGUAGCACGUCAAUUUGAAAGAAAAAAAACAGAGACAUAAAAAUUAAGAACUCACCAAAAAAGAAGAAGUUGAGGAAUUAUAAUCGGCAAAGGAAGAUGGUUUAUUUUCUGUAUUAAAAGAGGAAGAAUCGCAAUUGGGAAGAUGCGAAGGAAGUUUCGUUAGACAGCAGCGGAGGAACCGAAGAGGCGAAGAGUCUAGAAGUCUGGAACAACUGAGGAACUCAUCGGCCUUUUGCUUUCUUUAGUACCCAAAAAUGAACCAUUAAAAAAACUCAUAAAAACUUUCCAAUGCAAAAAGAUCAUUGCAUUAUCUCUCAUUUCUAUUUUUGCCCAUACCUUUUCCUUCAUGGUUUUUGCAUCAUAUAUUAGCAAUACACAGCUGCAAUGGACCAGAAACCAUAAAUGGAUUAUUCUCACACCCUUCUUUAUAUGAUAAUCUGUAAUGCAAAAAAUAUAGUGUAAGAAAAUAAAAAUGCUUAGAUCAAUGUGGAAAGAUGGAGAAUGCAAUAGCCAGAAAAGGAGAAACAGUCCCCGGCUUUCGGCUCUAAAUCUCAACAAGGAAACUCAAGAGAGGAAAAAAAUUGCUUCAGAUGAUGCAAAUGAGAAGAUAGAAUGCAAAGGAAAAAAGCCCGGGCCACCCUCCCGGGCUAAGGGGAGGGCCAAGAGAAAGUUCCCCCAUUUGGCUGCCAAACAAGUUUCUGAGCAUGCUAGAAGCAAAGUGCAGAAGCAUGAACAUCAUCAAUCAACAAGCAAUGGUGCACCAACAAAAUUGCCAGAAAAGCGACUACUCGAGUUAAUUAUAGACAUAUUGCAAAGGAGAGAUGCAUAUGAAAUUUUUGCUGAACCAGUAGACCCACAUGAGGUUGAGGAUUAUAAUGAAAUCAUUAAAGAACCAAUGGACUUUGGGACCAUGAGGGCUAAACUUCAUGAAGGGAUGUAUGAGAAUCUUGAGCAGUUUGAGCAUGAUGCAUUCUUGAUCCCAGAGAAUGCAAUGCACUUCAACCACUCUGGCACCAUUUAUUUCAGACAGGCUCGGUGCAUACAAGACCUAGCUAAGAAAGUAUUCCAUGUCCUAAGAACGGAUCCCGAAAAUUUGGAGAUGGAGUUCGCAGGGACAAGACGAAGAUCUAUGAGGAAAAUGCAAAAUGAAAGCAAAGAGUCAAAACCUCAGAAAGAUGUGAAGGCCGACGAUUCUUCAAGCAAUACACUUUUCUGCUUUGGCGCUCCAUCAGCCCUCGCGGGGUGCCAUAAAAGAAGUCCACUGUUCCCUCAGGCUAAUAACAACGAUCGCGCCAACUUUCAUGGUGCUGGGGAUGAAGAUAGUCGCCGCUCUACCUACAAAACUUGGAAUUCCUCCCUUGGAAAUGACUGCAAAAAAACUGCAAUUCUUUCAAGCGAGCUGAACAUGAACUACAGAGAGAGCCUGAUGAAAUUCGUCCAAGAUUUAGGGCCGACCGCAAUGAGAGUUGCAGGCAGGAAACUACAAGCCCUCAAUCCGAAUGCGAAUAUCUCCAAUAUUCAGUCUCCUUCUUAUCAAGUUCCCACAGCAUAUGCCACAUUCAAAAUGCCAUCCUUUUCUUCAGAACCCAGCACAGCUGCCACUGCAUCUAAUCCCCAAACAGGCCUUAGUUCAGAAGGAGCAGAAAUGGCAGCCAACGUGCUGAAAGAUCCAAAGCAGCCAGUGGGAACAAUUUUGCAGUACAAAAGGAACAACCGAAAAGCAUCUGAAGCAGAAAAUAGUAAAAAGCAGGUGGAGUCCCACUCUCCCAUUGUUAAACCUAGUGCAGAUUUGAACUCUUCGCCAUUCAAGAAGACAAGCAGCAACAAAGGUUCUGAUGAUGAGCAGCAGGCUGGAGGGUGUUCAGUGAUAGUUGACACAAGAAAGCCAGAAGAAUGGAGUACCCGACCAAUUGUGUUAGCCCUCGAACAGUCAGUCCAUCCUAAUCCACCAACCGAACUGAAGACGAGAAACAAGAGAAACAAAGCAAAACCACCGCGCAAUAAGUCCAUACCCACAUCUUCAGGCAUGCCCAACAGCUUGGAGAAAGCAAUGGCAAGCUCACAGCCUCUGCAUUUGCCUCCAAGACCAUUGGCUCCAAGGUUUGCAUUUGAUAUGCCAUUCUUGAGAUCACAGCUAAGCCAGAUGAAUCCGGCUACACAGGCAUGGGGCACCAGAGUUGCAGCGGGAGACGGAAAGGAUAUGGCGUGCAGGCGCAGACACGGCGGGAUCUCGAGGUCGUCCACAUUCAAUGAGGAUCUUCUCCGUCCGUCCCUGGAGGAUGAUGACGGCGACUCUUUCUCCUCCUCGGCGUCUCAGUCUUUGGCCGCCCAGGCUAUUAGAGCCUCCGCUGCUCACCGUGAAUCCUCCGCCAACGCUCAGCCUUCCUUCCGAGAUCGAUCUAAGGUGCUACAGAAUCGGGGCGGUCCUACAUAUGAUUAUACGUCCAUGACGAGUACAAAUGAAGGGGGCGGUUUUUGGGGUGUUCUGGCUAGGAAAGCUAAAGCAAUUCUCGAGGAUGAUACCAUGUCCCAACAGUUUGAAGCCCGGAGCAUCAAUUCCCCAAGAGCCAGCCAGACUUCCCAGUACCAUCAGUCAGUUCAACACACUUAUGGUUCUAGAAAAACAGACAGUCCUUCACUCCAUAAGGGCUGGGAUGCACUUACAUCUUCGCUCAACCAAAGUGGUGGUGCCAUUGGAACUGCAUUUCAGGAAGGGCGAACUACAAUUGAGAACAAGUCUGCAGGCAUCGUUCAAGAAACACGAAAACUGCAGAUCAGGAAAAAGGGGUCCAAUAAUGUUGAUGAAGAAAAUCAGGAGUCUGGUGUAUCUAGCCCGUGGAACCAACUCUCACCACAACCACCUCAGCUGCAGAUGCAUACUAGUCCAGAAGAUCAACUCAAGGCAUCUCGCGACGUGGCAAUGGCAACAGCUGCCAAAGCUAAACUUCUCUUGCGAGAACUAAAAACUGUUAAAGCAGACUUAACAUUCGCAAAACAGCGAUGCUCUCAGCUAGAAGACGAAAAUAGGAUGCUUCGAGAUGCUCGUGAAAAGGGAGGCAACCCCGCUGAUGAUGACAUGAUAAGACAUCAACUCGAAACCUUACUAGCUGAGAAGGCCAGAUUAGCAAACGAGAAUGCUGUUUAUGCACGGGAGAAUCGGUUCUUGAGAGAAAUUGUGGAAUACCACCAACUGACAAUGCAGGACGUGGUGUAUUGGGAUGACGAGGGCGACAUUGAAGAAGUUGCAGAUGUUUACCCUCACAAUCCUCCUGGUGGGGGAGUCUCAAGGGCAUUCUCGUCCACCCCGCCAUCCCCUUCGUCCCCUCGCUCACUCCCUGACACAACCUCCUCUCUCGCCAAGUCUCCCGUGAUGAUGAGGAGAAGCUCUUCUGUCACCAAGUUUCCUCUUCCCCUCUCGCCGCAAAGAACGACAGACGUUGUUCCCCAGCUCGAAGCACCACCAUCUCUCAAAACAGAAGGUUCCAGGAGACACUAACUUCAUCCCUUUCCCCUUUUUAAUUAAUUCCCUUCCAUAAACACUCACUUUAAUACUUCAUAUACCACACAUCUUUACUGUAUUUUCCCAUAUGAAGGUUUUCUUUUAUUUAAAAAAAAACCCAAAAAUGUGGGGGUUGAAGAUUAAUUAUUUUUCCUGUAUAUGUAAGUUUCUCAUGUUAGUUUUUCGGGAUUUUUGGUACUCAAAUAAGAGCAGGAUUCCCUC